AUGGACAGUCCAAGGCAACCGAUCUUUGGCAUAUUUACCGUCAAGAAAUUUUUAAGCAGGGGGCAGACAAGUCGACCAACCAUCUGCCGCAGACGUGCAGACACAGACCAACCAUCUGCCGCAGAGGGGGCAGACACAGACCAACCAUCUGCCGCAGAGGGGCAGACACAGACCAACCAUCUGCCGCAGAUGGGCAGACACAGACCAACCAUCUGCCGCAGAGGGGCAGACACAGACCAACCAUCUGCCGCAGAGGGGCAGACACAGACCAACCAUCUGCCGCAGAGGGCAGACACAGACCAACCAUCUGCCGCAGAGGGGCAGACACAGACCAACCAUCUGCCGCAGAGGGGCAGACACAGACCAACCAUCUGCCGCAGAGGGGCAGACACAGACCAACCAUCUGCCGCAGAGGGGCAGACACAGACCAACCAUCUGCCGCAGAGAGGCAGACACAGACCAACCAUCUGCCUCACAGAGUUGGCAGAUACAGACCAACCAUUUGCUGUAUAA